GAAAUUUCCCCAGGAUACAAACGGGAGUCAAGUAAGGAGAGGCUUUUCUAUUUUUACCAGUGGCCACACGUUUUAGUCAUGUCAAACGAACGAACUUAGGACGACUUCUUUUCAGUUAGCUUAGCUUCUUUGCUCUGCUGCUGUGGUGUAUAUAGCUAGAAUGACAGGAGAACAUAGCUAGCCUCUCUUGGCGUUCACUACUUCGCAGACAGGGACAAGAUGUUGGAGUCCUAUGUCACACCGCUCCUCAUGAGCUAUGUGAACAAGUAUAUUAAGAAUCUUAAGCCAUCUGACCUGCAGCUGUCUCUCUGGGGAGGAGAUGUGGUGCUCAGCAAGUUGGACCUGAAGCUGGAUGUGCUAGAACAGGAGUUGAAGCUACCCUUUACAUUCAUGAGCGGUCACAUCCAUGAACUGCGUAUCCACGUACCCUGGACCAAGCUGGGCUCAGAGCCUGUAGUUAUCACCAUCAACACCAUGGAGUGCAUUCUCAAGCUGAGGGAUGGAGCUCAGGAUGACCACGAGAGCGGCUCUAGCUCCACCAGUCGCAGUGUCUCAGAUAGCUCCAAGGCUGUGGCUAAGCCCCGCCGCCUCCAGCAGGCUGCCCCCAGCGACCCAGACCUGCCCCCAGGUUACGUGCAGAGUCUGAUCAGGCGUGUGGUGAACAAUGUGAAUAUUGUGGUGAACAACCUGAUCCUCAAAUAUGUGGAAGAUGACAUCGUGCUGUCGGUCAACAUUACCUCAGCAGAGUGCUACACUGUGGACGAUAUGUGGGAGAGGGCCUUCAUGGACAUCACUGCUCCAGAGCUGGUCCUAAGGAAAAUGAUCAACUUUGCAGACUGCACUGUGUGCUUAGACAAACGCAAUGCAAGUGGCAAGAUCGAGUUUUACCAGGACCCGCUGCUGUACAAAUGCUCCUUCAGAACACGCCUUCAUUUUACCUACGACAACAUCAAUUCCAAGAUCCCAUCUGUCAUCAAAAUCCAGACCAUGGUGGAGAGCCUGAAGUUGUCCAUCACUGAUCAGCAGCUACCAAUGUUUAUCCGCAUUUUGCAGCUGAUUAUUGCCCUCUACUAUGGGGAAAUCGGAGGACACAAAGAGGGCGAGGGAGAAGAUGGCAGUGGUCAUGUCAGGGAGGCUGUUGCAAGUUUACCUGGGAUGGAUGUGGAUAUGGAAAGCCAGGCCUCCAGCCAGUUCUCCAGCACAGACCUCUACAUGCAGUCUGGGAGUCCUGAAGAGGCAGACCAGGGCUGGGUGUCCUGGGCUUGGUCAUUUGUCCCAGCCAUUGUAGGUACAGAGGAGGAGGAAAGCGAGGAAGGCCUCUACCAGCAGAGAGAGACAGGAGGCAUCCCCAACAACCCCCAACAACACACACACAAAGAUCCCAUUGUUUCCAUAGGCUUCUACUGCACCAAAGCUUCUGUCACCUUUAAGCUAACAGAGACCCAUUCAGAGAGCAGCUACUACAGUCCUCAGAAGGUCAAGUCCAGAGAGGUCCUGUGCCUGGAGCAACAAGGAAUCACAAUUGAGGUGCUGAUGAUGGGGGAGCCCUUCUUCGAUUGUCAGAUUGGCUUUGUGGGCUGCCGGGCUCUGUGCCUGAAAGGCAUCAUGGGACUACGGGAUUUUGAGGAAAACAUGAACCGAAGUGAAGAGGAUGCAGUGUUCUUCAGCUGUGGGGACAGCCUAAGCAGUAAAGGAAUGACUUAUCUUACCAACUCUCUCUUUGACUACCGCAGUCCAGAGAACAACGGAGUGAGGGCUGAGUUCAUCCUGGAUGCCGCCAGUCACAAGGAGACCUACACUGAGAUAGCGGGCAUGCAACGCUUUGGUGCUUUCUACAUGGAUUAUCUCUACACAAUGGAGAACAGCAGCGGCAAAGACUCCCAGGACUUCUCCAUGGUCAAUAUGGAGGAGGUAGUGCCCACUGUUCAAGAAACGUCCAUCAAGAGGCUGGUGGUGGGACCUCUGGAUAUCAGGCUGCACAGCAGCGCUGUUCACCGCAUCCUCAAGAUGGUCACCUGUGCCAUGGACCACGAGUAUGAACCCUAUUGCAAACCACAGCGAGAAGUGAUUCAGGAGAGCCAUGGUCCAGCUACUUCAGAAGAGAUAUCAAGCUUGGAGGAAUUCAUCCCAACCAGACUCACUUGUCUCUCUCUGCUCCAAGUCUCAGUCACUGUCUCCAUGGCAGAGUUCAACCUCCUUCAAACACUAAUGCCCGUCAUCAUGGGAAGCAAGGCUGCACCAGGACCGGUCUGCGUGCCAGUGUUUCAGCCAGUGCGGCCUCUACCUGCUGUGCAGUUCAAGGUGGAGAGGGUGAAUGUUGAACAUUCAGUGCCCAUGUAUGCUCCAGAACUGGUCAGCACUGUCAGCAGUCUCAGCCAGCCCUCGGACAACCUGCUACAUCACUGCUAUGCACACCUCUACCUCAAGGUGUUUGAGUUCCAGGCAGGCUUGACAUGCCAGGACAGCACAGGGGGUUUCCUGCCUCUCAUCCCCAUCAUCCCUUCCUUCAGCACUGCCCUCUAUGGAAAGCUGAUUCAGAUGCCUGCGUACUGGAGUAAAAGAUCUUUGGUCCCCACCACAGAGUGCAUUUUUGAGCUUCCCCAUUUCACUGUACAAGCCACAAGGGCCCAGACGCUUUUGCUUCAAGCAAUCUGUCAGAGUUGGACCCACAGCAUGACCAAUGGAGCCCCACUGACACUCAGCGAAAGCCUGCUCAAUGAGGUGUACAAAGCUCCAGGUGUGAAAUCUCUGGGCCCGUCACCGACUCUCGAGGGCUCGGUCCAAAACCUGGAGCUGAAGUUCUGCAGCCGUGCGACGGUGAAAUGCGCCUCAGGAACCAUGGGAGCUGUAAAAGUGUGCGCCAGGACCCCAGGUUUGGGAGAUGGGGUGAAGGAGAAGCUGGUUCCUCUCAUUCAGGGUCCAUCUGACACCAAAGAACUCCAUAUGAGCCGCUGGCUUAAUGAGAUCCGCAAACCUGAAUCUUUGCUCGCCCCUGACCUGCUGGCGUUUUCUGUUCUGAUCCCUCAGCAAGAAGACAGUUGCAGGAACUCAGGUGCAGUCCUGCUGGUCAGUGUCCAGGGCAUAGCUGUCAACAUGGAUCCAGUCUUCUGCACAUGGUUGCUAUAUCAACCUCACAGAGGGAGCAGCAGGAUACAGCAACAGAAUCCAGGUCCAGUUUCUCUGGCCAAGAGGAGAGAGGACGAGGUGUCAGUAGGGAGCACACCACUGGCCAAACAGCCCUCCAAUCAGGCCUCGGACUAUGCCAGCAGCCCGGUCAAAACCAAGACAGUAACAGAAUCACGUCCCCUGUCCAUCCCAAUGAAGGUGAUGCCUGAUACUACAGCAGUGGAGUCGUGGACAAGCUCAGAGGAAAGAAUGAAGGAGCUCAUUGCCCAUGCCUGGGAUGCUGUUAAACGCCUUACUCUACAGUUGGAGCUACAGUCAUGCUGUGUGUUCUUGCCUAAUGACAGCCUCCCCUCCCCGAGCACCAUCAUCUGCGGUGACAUUCCCGGCACCGUCCGUAGCUGGUACCACAACCAGCCCUCUAUGCCGGGGACUCUGGUAGUCUGCCUGCCCCAAAUCAGUGUCCUCAGUGCUGGACAUAAGUAUAUGGAACCGCUGCAGGAGCUACCCUUCGUGGUCUCCAAGCCCAUCCUGGAGGAAGGUGAUGCCUUCCCAUGGACAAUAAGCCUGAGUCAGUUUAGCGUGUACACACUGCUGGGGCAGCAGCGAAGCCUGAGUCUAUUGGAGCCUAUGGGCUGUACCUCCACACUGGCCGUCACGUCCCAUAAGCUGCAGAGCUGUUCUGAAGGCAGGCACUCUUUUGUUGUCUGCCUCCAUGUUGAUCUGCAACCUGUCCACGUCAAGUGCUCCAACCCUCAGGUUCAGUUGUUGUAUGAACUCCUCCUCAGCUGGAGCUCUACGUGGGCUCGUCUCCAGAGGCAUGGCAUCUUGCGUCAGACCUCCAGCAUCCCAGAACCCCCUGCUGGUGCUGCACCAUCCUCCCCAGUGCGCAGCAGUGCUGGCACUGCUCUGCCAGACACCAGCACCUGCAGCCCCUCUGCAGAUUUUGGCUCCCCCACUGAGGGUGACUCAGUGCCUGCUGCAGACAACAGUCCCUUUGCUGACACAGUGACUUUGGAGCAGAAAACUAGCAGUAUCGGUGGCACCAGCGGGAAGGUCAGCCUGUGGAUGCAGUGGAUGUUACCCAAGGUCACUGUUAAACUGUUUGCUCCUGACCCAACCGCCAAAAAGACAGAGAUCUGUGUCAUCAGUGAACUAGAAGACCUGAGUGCCUCUGUAGAUGUCCAGGAUGUUUAUACAAAGAUCAAAUGUAAAGUUGGCAGCUUCAACAUCGACCACUACAGAUGCAGGCCAGGGCAUGACUGGCACUCUGGCCACUUUGAAGGACUCAUUCUGCAGUGCAAGGAGACAGCCGGGACGGCAGCUAAGGUCCUGGAGGGCUCUCACCAGCAGCACGGCUUCCUGUCAAUCACUUACACUCAGGCUGUCACCAAAAAUGUCCGUCACAAACUCACCACUCGGUCUGAGCGGCCAACGCGCAGUAAUGCUACCACUGCCAGUCAACGGAUGACCACUGAUCCUCUGGCAGACAGCUCACCCCAGUACCUGAGAGAAAUCCUGCUGACAGCCCAGCCCUUUGAUGUGGUGUUAUCCUGUCCCUUAUUGGCAACCGUAGCAGGGGUGCUCCAGGCUACGGUACCAAGACGCUACAGAGAGCGUGGAAAGUCAGCAGGCCAACCAAUGAGAAGCCACACACUGACUUCUCGGUGUUUACCUCUCAUCUACAUCAACACCAGUGUGAUCAGGAUCUUCUGUCCUGGAGCACAAGACAAACAGACAGCAUCAGAUCCCCAUGUGAAACAAGAGGACACCCUGGUAUUAAAGAUGGGUUCCCUUAGCAUGGCUCCUCAGGCUGAUAACCCCCUGACCCGCACUGUGCUGCGAAAAGACAUCUACCAACGUGCACUGAACCUCGGCAUCCUGCGUGACCCAGGUUCAGAGGUGGAGGACCGUCAGUACCAGGUCGACCUUCAGUCCAUCACCAUUGGAACAGCUCAGUGGGAGCAACUCAAGCCAGAGAAGGAAGGGAUCAAAGGAGGCGUAUCAGCAGAGAGUGAGAGGAACUCUCAGAACCCAGCCCUGGAGUGGAACAUGGCCAGCAGUAUCAGGAGGCACCAGGAGCGGCGGGCCAUCCUGACACCAAUCCUGACGGACUUUUCUGUUCGAGUGACCGCAGCCCCAGCCAUCAUCUUCAGCAAGAAUCUCUCUCCUGACAGCGGACAGGCAGAGGAGGUGGUGGUGUGUGGCCACUCUUUGGAGGUGAAUGUGACCAGCAGUCUGGAUUUCUACCUCAGCGUUGCCCAGGUGCAACUCUUACAGCAGCUUCUCAGAGACAACGUGGUGGGGAUAGAAACUCCUGAGAAAAGUGCUGAGGUGCGUCGACAUGAGCAGAAGCGUGGCAGCCGUGACCCUGCGUCAGGCGUUGACUCCUCAUCACGUCACAGUGGAACUGGGCAGGACAGCGGCUUCGGCAGCGACAGUGCUCGCAUCCGCAUCGUCCAAAUAGAGCAGCAGAGUGGGGCGAGCCACCACUGCAUCGCUAGGCCCUCCCACAAGUCCACUAUCACCAAGAACCUCAGCUUCAUCCCCUUCGACAUCUUCCUCACCGCUAGCAAGCUGUCUGUCAUGACUUAUGCUUGCUCCAGUCCCUCAAAGGCCCUUCCCUUAUCGGCCGACACUCCCAGCACACUGGAGAAGAAGGAGCCUGGGGAUAAGGUAGGAAAGAGUGCCCUCAACCAGCCUGAGAUCUUGUCUGAGUCUCCUCCAGCUUCAUCUUCGCCGACUCCAGACCCUGCUCCAGCUGCACAGGGUUCCCUUGCAGGCCUGACAGCUGAGGACAUCUUCAACAGCAACACCUCCCAGCCAGCCUCCCCGCUCCUGAGAAGCAGCCUGCUCUCCCUGGAUGGCCUUCCGACUCCCAGUCGCUCCUCAGCACGCCAGGCGCUGGGUGUGACCAUAGUGAGGCAGCCAGGGAGAAGAGGGGCUGGGGACCAAGUGUUGGAACCUCUCCUGUACCUCCAGGUGCUGCAGCCCUCUGCUCUGCUCAGCUGCCACCACCGCAAGCAGAGGAUGGAGCUGUCUGUGUUUGAUGUGGCCUUAAGAGGAGUAACUUCUGACUACAAGUGCCUAGACCCAGGAAAGACUCUUCCAGAAUCUCUUGACUACAACGUCUUUUGGCUGCAGACAGUAGCAGGAGAAGUGGACAGUAAAACGGGCAUACCCCCCCCUCUGCUCUGCCUCCAGAUCAAAGAUUUCCUCAAUGGACCAGCUGAGCUGAACAUAGAGCUUUCACGCCCCCUCAAAAUAAAUCCUACUCUGGCGAAGCUGGAGCAGGCUAAAGCCUACCUGAAGAAAGUCCUACCAAACCAUGUGUGGGAUUCCUCCACCAAACCACCCUCGGCUUCCUCCACGCCUCAUUCCUCCCCUAAGAAGACAAAGGCCAGGUCCGUUCUCUCUCAUUCAGACCCCCACCAUCAGGCCUCAGCUCUGGGUCAAAGCAGCAGCUUCAGGGCCCUGGCGUUGUCCUUCCAUAAGGUCUCUCUCCACACUGCCCAGAUUGUAGUAGUCAUGGAGACGGAGGCUCAUCCAAAGAAGCCCAGCGUGACAGUAUCAGUAUCAGCCAUGGCAGGAAGUCUGAACAUGAAGUCAGGGCCAAGGAUAGAAGAUGCAGUUCAGGCUUCCUCCGUGCUACUGGAGCUGCAAGAUGUGUUGGUGAGAACAGGGCUGAAGGACCGAAGCCAUCUCCUGCUGGGGCCGUUCUCCUGCAGCACCUCCCUGGAGGCUCGGUGGUGUCGGCACAGCGGCAGCCCUGGACCUGAGCCCGGCCCCCCUAAACUGCUGCUGGACCUCAAGGGAGGCCUGCUACAGAUCUUCUGGGGCCAAGAACAUCUGAACUGCCUGAAGCUGGUGGAGGAGCACCUGCGAUCGUACCUUUUCCUCCAGAAAGGGGAUUCAGCUGAUAGCAGUUCAAAGGGCAAACCCUGCCACACACAGCCACCUCCCUCCCCAGGCUCCCCCUCUCCCCGGACAGAGCACAGCUCAGAUGACCUGCGCACAGGGCAUUUUCACUACAUCCAGGACUCAGCGUCCCAGAGAUCGCCAGGACCCCAUGAGGUGGUGUUCUACAGCGAGACGGAGGACAGCCCGGGGGUGAUGCUGUGGAGAUACCCUGAACCCCGUGUCCUAACCUUCGUCAGGAUAACUCCUGUCCCAUUCAACACCACAGAGGAUCCUGAGAUCAGCACAGCCGACCUGGGGGAUGUCCUGCAGGUACCAUGCAGCCUUGAAUACUGGGAUGAGCUCCAGCAGGCCUUUGUUCCAUACCGGGAGUUCAGCCUGUCAGAGAGCAGUGCCUGCCAGCUGCAGCUUCCCAGCCUCAGCCUCACCGACCAGCAGAAGGAGCUGGUGGCUUCAGAUCUGUGGAGGAUUGUGCUCAACAACAACGGAGAGGGAGGAGAUGAGCAGAGUUUGGAUAGUGAGUGUGGGUCCCAGGUACCCUGCGAUCAGCUGGUAUCUCCAAUGGCAUUGGCAGCCUGCACCCGUGUGGACUCGUGCUUUGCACCCUGGUUUGUCUCUUCCCUGGGCAUGUCCCUACAACUGGCACAGCUGGAAGUUCACCUCUGCCACCACCUAGAACAGCUGGGUACAGUUCCAUCGCGACAACUUCGUCCCUUCCUGCCAGACAGGAAGUUACCUCAGGAACAGGAGUUCAUGGUGAUUGGUGCUCGGGAGCCAAGGGUAUUCUUGCGCCAGUGGAGUAAUGGACCACGUCACUGUCAGGAGUUCAGCUUUUCCACCCAGCUGGGCUGCAAGCUGCUGGAAUACCGAAACGUAACACACCUCCAGCUUCUCCAGCCUUGUACACUACAGGGCCAGGCUGCAGCCACUUGCUGCCCCCAGAACACCACAUUGGAUGUGAAUGUGUUUGUGGACCCGGUCUUCCUCAACAUCAGCCAGUAUGCCAUCCACACUGUGGACACUGCCGUGCACAGCUGGCAACAGAAUGGGAACCCGGAUGCUGAGGAGCUGGUCUACGGCCACUAUGUGAUCUGUAACGACACCCACGAAACGCUGCGUUUUGGCCAGGUGGACACAGAUGAGAAUGUGCUGCUGGCCAGCCUCCACAGCCACCAGUACAGCUGGAGAUCCCACAAGUCCCCUCAGCUGCUGCACAUCUGCAUCGAGGGAUGGGGAAACUGGCGCUGGUCAGAGGCCUUCAGUGUGGACAAUGUAGGGACCCUGCUGAGGACCAUUCAGUACAAAGGACGUACCGCUUCGCUCAUCAUCAAGGUGGUGCAGCUCAGUGGAGUCCAGAAACAGGUAAUAAUCUGUGGGCGGCAGGUAAUGUGCAGCUAUCUGACUCAGGACAUUGAGCUGCGUGUGGUGCAGCACUAUGUGGGGCCUGACAGUCAGACGGUGGUUAGGGAGCACUGUGAUUGCCUGGAGGCUGGGGCCAAGUUGCCUUCCUAUGUGCUGGAGGACACUGAGAUGACAGAGCUGUGUGUGAGGGCUCGAGGAGAUGAAGACUGGUCCCAGGAUGUUCAGCUGGAGAGGAGGAACAAAGGGAGCAGCAGCUCUGUUGUACAGGUGCCAUGUUCCAGUGGUUCUUUACUCUAUGUGUGGUGCACUCUCAUCACCAUUGAACCCGACUCUCACAUGCAGCAGAGAUUAGUGGUUUUCAGUCCACUGUUUGUCAUGAGGAGCCAUUUGCCCGAUCCAGUAAUCAUCCACAUAGAGAAGAGGAGUCUGGGUCUGAGAGAGAGCCAGUUGAUCCAUGGACAGGGCCACCAGGAGCCCCUGUUAAACACUGAGGCUGACAUCACCCACCAUCUCACUUUCCAGGCCAGGGAGGAUGAAGAUGCGUCCCACUGUGCUGUGCCAAUCUCCACCAGCCUGAUCAAACAGAUAUUGAAUAAGACUGAAAAUGAGGACAACCUGAAACACAUCCUGGCUGACUUCUAUGGUCCGAAAACCUCUACUGAGCCUCUGUGGCCCUACGUGACCAAAGACACUGACAGGUCUGUGCUGGAGCCCCUUGCCCAGUGGGACAGUCCCAUGCAGGUGAAAUUAUCCUGCUGGAAGUCUGGCCUGAACACUCUGCUGGUGGAGCUGCUGCCCUGGGCCCUGCUGGCUAACCACUCCCAAUGGGACCUCUGGCUUUUUGAGGGAGAGACCAUUGUACUCCAAAUACCAGCCGGCAAGGUCAUCGUACCACCCAACUUCAAGGAAGCCUUCCAGAUUGGUAUCUACUGGGCCCACACUAACACCGUCCACAAGUCUACAGCACUGAAACUCGUCCAUGACUUGACCUCUCCUCGAUGGAAGGAGGGUUCAGGUUCAGAGGUGGUCACACUGGAUGAGGAGGGAUAUGUGGAGGCUGACAUCACCCUGGGAGCCUUCCCUGGAAGACAGAAGCUUUGUCAGUUCUGUGUGUCGUCUGUGGUGAGACACGGCAUCCAGAUCCUACAGAUAGAAGACAGAACUAUUCUUGUCAAUGCCACUCCUUACACGAUACAGUACAGGCCUCUGCUGACUCACCACGCAUUGGGAGCUGAUGACCAGGCCUGUGAGAUACCAGAGACAGCAGUGUUCAGCCUCGCUCCUUCUGAAGAGUCGUCCCUGGCCAAGCCCUGCUCUGUGCCGUGCUGGGACCUCCUCCAAACCAGUGUCCAGGGAAAGGUGGAGUACCCUCUGCCACUAAGACACAUGCUCUUCAGCUUGUUUCCCAGACCCGAUGCUGGAGUUGGAUCUGCAGCAUGGAGCCUCCCUGCUCCCAUUCGACCAGACUUCCCCAGGCAGAGUUUGUCUGUUCCUGGGGAACUAGACUCUGGAGUUGGCCUUAACAGCAGAGCCAUAGUACUGACGUAUCAGGAGCACCUUGGGGUGACGUACAUCACUCUGAAUGAGGACCCCUCUCCUCGCAUGCUGAUCCACAACAAGUGUCCUAUCCCACUGCUGUUGAAGGAAAAUGUCAAAGAAACUCCAAGAACUGAGAUCUUCUGCCGUCCUCUGCCUGCUAAUUGUUCCCUGCACCAUGAGCUCUACCACCACUUCUCCAGUUUCCCCGAGUGCAGGCAGAAAGAGAUGCUGCCCACACUGCUGCUGAAAACCACCUCAGGCCACAACACCACUGACUGGACUGACCCCAUAGAUAUCAACUGCCUGGGCACUCAGGUGGUGUUCCUGCCAGGCUUUGGGUGUCUCUACGUAGGUGUGGUGUAUGAGAGAGGUACCCUGGUUUUGUCUCUGGCACCAGAGGGCAGUGUGGACCCUGUAAUCAACCAGCACAGCAGGUCUUCCAAGCUGUCCUUCAGAGUCCUCCUGAGUGAGACCAGUGUGGCGUUGAGUGAUGACAUCACUAGUCCCUCCGGUUCUGUGGAGCUGCUAAGACUCACAUUGACCAAGCUGCUCCUCAGCCUGGCUCCAGCACCCCCCUCCCUUCCCCUGGAGCUGGCAGAUGACCCUGCCAUGGACACAGCACCCGUUUCAGCGCUGAUGCUUGAUACCUCUCUGAUUGAGGUCUACUGCUCCAGUCUGCAAGUAGACAACCAGCUGUAUAACCGAGCCAGCUUCCACUUCCCCGUGCUGCUGUGCCAGGAUCAGAGAGGGGGAACUGAUCCCGGGGGUCCGUGGAGCAGUGAUGCCAACCCCACACAGUCGGCUGAAGCCCUGCAGGAGUUCAAAUCCUCUUGUUUUCUGCAGCUGAGGAUGAUGCUGGCUGGAGACAAAUGCACCAUGGAGGAGGUCACCUUCCAGCUGCAGCCUGCCAGAGUCUAUCUUGAAGACACCUUCGUUUACUACAUUAAGACCCUGUUCUACACCUACAUCCCCGACAGAGCUAUUGCCUCAGCUAUAGCACAGACCCAGAGGAGCAGAGAGCCUGGAUCAGCCCCCGUCCUCCCUGAACAGGUGCUUCAGUCAAUGCAGGCGUUGGUCAACCCUGUGCGGCUGCAGAAGCUGACCAUCCAGCCAGUCAACCUGCUGGUCAGCAUCCAUGCUUCCCUGAAGCUGUACAUCGCCUCAGACCACACUCCUCUCUCCUUCUCUCUGUUCGAGAGAGGGCCACUCUGCACCACAGCCAGACAGCUGGUCCACGCUCUGGCCAUGCACUAUGCUGCCGGAGCCCUCUUCAGAGCAGGUUGGGUGGUGGGGUCUUUGGAGAUCCUCGGCAGUCCGGCCAGCCUUGUGCGGAGCAUCGGUAACGGCGUUUCCGACUUCUUCCGCCUGCCAUAUGAGGGUCUGACCCGUGGACCUGGAGCCUUUGUCAGUGGGGUGUCCAGAGGAACCACCUCCUUCGUCAAACACAUCUCAAAGGGUACCCUGACGUCCAUCACCAACUUAGCAACAAGUCUGGCCAGGAACAUGGACCGCCUGUCUCUGGAUGAGGAGCACUACACCAGGCAGGAGGAGUGGAGGCGACAGCUCCCAGAGAACCUCGGCGACGGACUGAGACAAGGGCUGUCACGACUCGGCAUCAGCUUGUUAGGAGCGAUAGCAGGGAUUGUGGACCAGCCCAUGCAGAACUUCCAGAGGAACUGGGAGAUACAGAGCUCAGCUGGUAGCAAGGCCAAAGGGGUCAUCUCUGGAGUGGGGAAAGGCAUUGUGGGUGUUUUCACCAAGCCUAUCGGGGGAGCAGCUGAAUUGGUGUCCCAGACUGGAUACGGGAUCCUUCAUGGAGCAGGACUGUGGCAGCUUCCUAAACAGCUCUACCUGCCUAUAGAGGAGAAGUCGGCUCAGGCCCCGAACAGCCACCUUAAAUAUGUCUGGAAGAUGCUUCAGUCUCUGGGACGACCGGAGCUGCACAUGGCCCUGGAGGUGACCAUUGUGAGUGGGUCAGGUCAGGAGCAUGCCGGCUGUCUGCUGCUCACCUCCGAGGUGCUGUUUGUGGUCAGUCUCAGUGAGGACACACAGCAGCAGGCCUUCCCCAUCACAGAGGUGGAGUGUCAGCAAGAGCCCGGACAGCAAGGACAGCUCACCCUCACCUUACAGCAGCAGACAGUCACCAGUGACACAGAGGGUGACGGUGUUCGUGAGCGUCUGUCAGAGCAGCAGUAUCGGCGGCUGGUGGAUUACGUGACGAGAGCCUCCCAGUUUCUCUCCCCCUCUGCUACUUCCCUCCAGCUGCAGCCACCGGUGACACUUGCCGAGCCACCGCCCUCUGUCACCAAGUCUUACCACUACGUGGUGGAUCCCGCCUUCACCAAGGUGUUUGUCAGCAAGUUCAACAUGGUAAAGAAUAAAGCCUUGCGCAUCGGAUUCCACUGAUACACACUGGUGGCUUUC